CCCCCAUUCAGACAAAACCCAUAUCACGAAACUUCCUUAACUUUUAGACAACAAAAAUCAUUGUCCAAGAGGAAAAAAAAGAUAUCACCCAGAGUAGUAAAAGAAGGUGAAAAGGCAAAGUGAAAGACACAAAACCCUGUUUUCUUUUGCUUAUAGAUUGAAGGAAAGAAAGAAGGCUUUAAGAGUUAGUUUUUAGAGGGAGUCAGAAGGAAAAAAAUAAUGAUAUAAUUAAAAAGAAAACUUUAUCACAAGUUCUCUCCGCUUCCUCUCUCUUUCUCUAAUAUAUCUCUGCAACUCCCAUUCUCUAAUUUAAAAGAAAAUAAAAAAAAAUGAAAAACCCAUAAAGGGUUGGUGAGCUUUUCACGUGUUUUUUGUUCAAAAAUCGAAUCUUUUUGGUCCACGUAUAGUUCCAUUUCGAUCUCUCUGGAAAAGGUUUUCUCUAGUGAUGUUGAUAAUGUGAGUUAUUGAUUGAGCCUUCUUUUUAUUUUUAUUAUUUUUCUUCUCGUGGAUUCUUUUUUUUUUUUGAGAGAUAUAUUUAAAGUAGAGGGAGUUAUAAGGAGAAAUGGAUCGAUCGGCGAUGACAGUGGGACCGGGAAUGGACCUGCCGAUUAUGCACGACGGAGACCGGUAUGAGUUAGUGAAAGAUAUUGGGUCAGGGAAUUUUGGUGUGGCUAGGUUGAUGAGGGAUAAACAGACUGAUGAUCUUGUUGCUGUUAAGUAUAUCGAGAGAGGUGAGAAGAUAGAUGAAAACGUGCGAAGAGAAAUCAUUAACCACAGGUCGCUUAGGCAUCCCAACAUUGUCAGAUUCAAAGAGGUCAUAUUAACCCCAACUCACCUGGCAAUUGUGAUGGAAUAUGCAUCUGGUGGAGAGCUCUUUGAGCGCAUAUGUAUUGCUGGUCGCUUCAGCGAGGAUGAGGCACGCUUUUUCUUUCAACAACUUAUAUCAGGAGUUAGCUACUGCCAUGCAAUGCAAGUAUGCCACCGUGACUUGAAACUGGAGAAUACAUUGUUGGAUGGAAGCCCAGCACCUCGAUUGAAGAUUUGUGAUUUUGGUUACUCUAAGUCAUCUGUGCUGCACUCACAACCGAAAUCUACUGUUGGAACUCCUGCCUAUAUUGCUCCUGAAGUGUUACUUAAGAAGGAAUACGAUGGCAAGAUUGCAGAUGUAUGGUCUUGUGGUGUGACUUUAUAUGUUAUGCUGGUGGGAGCAUACCCUUUCGAGGACCCUGAUGAGCCCAUGAAUUUUCGCAACACAAUCCACCGAAUUUUAAAUGUCCAGUAUUCAAUUCCGGACUAUGUUCACAUAUCUCCUGAAUGCCAACAUCUAAUCUCAAGAAUUUUUGUAGCAGACCCUGCAAUGAGGAUUACCAUUCCCGAGAUUAGGAAUCAUGAAUGGUUUCUAAAGAAUCUCCCAGCAGAUCUCAUGGUGGAAAAUACAAUGAAUAACGAGUUUGAAGAACCCGAUCAACCAAUGCAAAGCAUUGAAGAGAUAAUGCAAAUAAUAUCUGAAGCCACCAUACCUGCAGCAGGCACCCCCAGCCUCAACCAAUAUUUGACUGGCAGCCUGGACAUUGAUGACGACAUGGAGGACUUGGAGAGUGAUCCUGAGCUUGACCUGGACAGCAGUGGAGAGAUAGUAUAUGCAAUGUGAAUGCCUACUAGUGAAGGGGUAUCUAGAAUGCUGUGCUGAUUGCCUGUGAAAGUGAAGUGACUGUAAAAGAAUGGAGGACCAAGUUUCUACAUGCAUGUGUCCCGUUAUGCUAGCACCCUCAGAGGAUUGCUUCUGUUCUUCUGUGAUAUGUUGUCACACUUUCAAGUGGCAUAUAAAAUACUGUUUGUGUACACCUUGUAACACGUUCAUGUAAUAAAGUCUUGUUAUAUCUUAUCUUGAA